CCGACACUCUUUUCUCGCCAGUCGCCAUAACCAUUUUCCAUCUUCUCUUCCUCUCCCCUCUCAAAUCUCAGAAAACAAGAUCACUCCCUUAAACCCACCAAGAACCACCCACCAUGUCUUUCUCCCUCACGAAAGCCAGUACCCUUUUCCUCUCCUCCCUCCUCACUCUCUUCUCUCUCUCCCCACUCCCCGGCGCUACCUCUCUACCUGUCGUCGGCGUCACCUUCUCCCCCAGAACCCCCCAUCAUCCGCCGCCGGAACACGUCGCCUUCGCCGUCGACUCCCUCGGAAUAGACUCCGUCCGACUGCCGGAACCCGACCCGUUAACUGUCCGCGCUUUCGCCUACUCCAACACCUCCCUCCUCCUCAGCGUCCCCAACUACCUCAUUCCUUCCAUCGCUGCCAACCGCUCCGCCGCCCUCCGCUGGCUCUACCGCCACGUGGUCCCUUUCUACCCCCGGGCCCACAUAUGCACCAUCUCCGUCGGCAACAACAUCCUUGACAACUCCUCCGACCUCGCCGACCUCCUCCUCCCCGCCAUCCGCAACAUCCACCUCGGCCUCCGCGAUAUCGGCAUCCGCACCAUCUCCGUCUCCAGCACAUUCUCCUUCAUCAAUAUCAUGACGACGUCGUUCCCUCCCUCCGCCGCCGAGUUCCAGGAGCCAGCCGCCGAGAUCCUCAUCAAACCCCUCCUGCAGUUCUUGGAGGACACCAAUUCCUCCUUCUUGAUCAAUCUUUACCCCUACAACGUCUACAGGCUCCACUCCGAGAUCCCCAUCGGUUACGCCCUGUUUCAGGAGAACCCCUUCAACUUCAGAGACGACCUGCUCACCGGAGUCCGGUACCGGAACUUGUUCGACAUGAUGGUGGACUCGGUGAUAAGCGCGAUGGCGGUGGCGGGGCACGAGAACAUUCCGGUGGUGGUGACGGAGACGGGGUGGCCGAGCUCCGGCGAGGAUGGUGAGGUGGACGCGAACUGGGUUUACGCGGAGCUGUACGUGAAGGGGCUGGUGAGGCACCUGAGGUCGGGGCUGGGGACGCCGCUGAGGAAGGAAGGGCUUGCGGCGACGUACAUAUACGAGCUGUUGGACAGAGAGGUGAAGCAGGGGUCAUCGGAAGCGGGAGCGGGGCGUCAAUGGGGGAUUCUGUUUCCCAACAUGACCAAGAAGUACAGCAUCCAGUUCUCUCGCUCCGACAGAAUCGGCGUGCUUUUGAAUAUGGGGUGGUGUUCUUUGUUGGCCGUCGCCGUCUUGAUUUGAUUCUUUGUGUUUGGCUGCUUAAUCUGGAGAAACCCCUGUAUAAAUUUCUCCCUAGUCUGGCGAUAACGUGCGUUUAUGGAUGUUUUUGGUGAUUGGGAUUUGGGGGAAAUGUGCUCUGCCUGCUUCGUUAUGAACAUGGAAAGCUUCUUCUUCAA